AAAAAGCUGAAUUGUAAACCUAUAGUAGGUAAGUAGUAACUAUAUAAAAUUAGUUCAUGUUUAUCAGCAUAACGAAGUAAUAAAAAAAUAUAAACAAAACAUCAACAUCCAACACUCUUCCCUUCCUAUAAAUACCACCCAAUGGUACUACCACACUCACCAUAACAUAAACAUAAGCCUCUAUAUAGUAAUAUUACACAUUAUUAUUAUCAUUUAUACUAAUCUGGUUUUAGCUAACCAUGGAGAUGAUUAACAACAUCAACAACAGCAACAACAAUAUUAUUCCACCAAUUAGGAGGGUUUGUAGGGGAAGGCAGAAGGUGCCAAUGAGGAGGAUAGAGAACGAGAGCAAUCUUCAAGUCACAUUCUCUAAGAGGCGUUAUGGUAUUUUCAAGAAAGCUAGUGAGCUUUGCACCCUUUGUGGUGUAGAGUUGGCUAUAAUUGUUUUCUCACCGGGAAACAAUGUUUUCUCGUUUGGACAUCCCAACGUUCGGUUGAUUAUAGAUCGGUAUAUGAACCCAGAAAACUACAGUCGUAUGACUACCCAAGCAAAUUUGUCUGGGACAUUUCAGCUGAUCGAAGCUCAUCGAAACGCAGAUAUCCGAGUUAUGAACCAGCAUUUGAACCUUCUAACGGACCAGUGGGAUGUGGUGAGGAAGCAGAAUUUUGAGCUAAAGCAAGAUUAUAUUAAUCGUCACUGGUGGGAGUUUCCUAUCGAGUCUUUCUAUGAUAUGUCUCGUUUGGAGCAACUUAAGUUGGCGAUGGAGAUGUUGAGAGGGGAUACUACUAAACUGGCUGAUUGGAUAUUGAUUCAGUCUACACCUACUAGAGCAAACUCUCUCCUGCUACCACCUCCUUUUAAUAAUAUGAAUAAAGGAGGAUUGCUGCAACUGCCUAGUUUUGCUUCUUUAUUUCCCAACCAAGAAGCACGACCGCAUAACAAUAACAAUAAUAAUGAUGAUGAUGAAGAAAUUGGUUUUGUUGGUGGUAUGCCAAUUGGUAGUACUUGUACUGAUAUACCUCAAUUGCAGCAGGCUAUAACAUCUGACAGUAACCGUAUGAGCAAUAUGCCUCAAAUGCAGUUGGAAAUAACUAGUUCUGAUGGUACUGUUAAUAAUCAUGAAGAUCUCAAUUUACAGUCUCUUAUGCAAGAUUUAACUUCCAGUGAUAGCUUUGUCAACCAUGCCAAUCAGCCUCCUCCUCAUACGCAAGUUAAUGCUUCUGAUCAUAGUACUCUCAGCCAUGUCAAUCAGCAGCUUUUCUCUCCUGAAAUACAAAAUAUUAUGCAGGCUAGUACCAACUACAACAAUAAUAUGUCUACUAUGCCUCAUAUGAUGCAGCAACCAAACAAUUCUUCUACCUCUAGUACUUUCAACAACCAUUUCAAUAUGUCUCCUAUGCCCAAUCAUACGAUGCAACAGAGAGACAAUUCUUCUGCCUCUGCUACUGUGAGCAAUCACUUCAAUAUAUCUCCUAUGCCACCUCAUUAUCAUCAUACGAUGCAACCAAACACUACUACUAAUUCUUCAACACCUGGAGAAAGUGCAGACAAACAUUUCAAUAUGACUACUAUGCCAUCUCAUGGUCAUCAUAUGCAGCAGCCUAACACUACUACUUCUGCUUCUGCCAUUAAUGUCAAUCAUCAGCUGCAGUUGCCUAUGCUUCAUGAAACUCUAUCACCAUCUUCCCAAUUGCUUUUACAGCAACCCAACGAUUCCCAGGAGACUAAUCAAUUGUUUGACUACAAUGUUGGAUAUGACCAUGACUUUUUCUGA